UCGCGUGGGGCCAGGUUGGCCCCCGCAGCUUUUCCCGGCUGGGUGUCUGCCUUCCUUCUCAGUGGGGACCCUGUGCGACCUUAGCCCCGUCCGGGUCUGGGGGCUCUUCCCCACUCAGCUCGGCCCCAGCCACCCGGAGACCCUCGGCGAGCCUGACCUGGUGGCAGAGGUCAUGAUGCCACCACCACGGAGCAAGAAGCCCAGAUAGAUGCCCCUGCGGCCCGGCUCGUGGAGCCCCCCGAUGCUGGCAGUGGGGCCCACCAUGGACGGGGAGUUCCCGCCGCACGAGCCUCCGCCAGCCGGCAGCCUCCUGUACAGCCCGGCGCCCCUGCAGACCCCGCUGUGCGGGCCCAGCGUCCAGGAUGCCAUGCUGCAUUACCCCUGGUGGAACAGCUUCUCGCCCACGCCAUACCCAGCCUUCUCCAGCGAAAGCCACCAGUUCAUGAACUCCUCCUUCAUUGUGGGCCAGCCCUGCGUGGACACCAGCUAUGGCCCUGCAGCCGCCACCCCCAGCUUCCCGCCAAAGAGCAGCGACUUUCCUCAGGACUCCUCGUACCUCGAUGACCUCUCCAAUGCCUCCAUCUUCUCCUCGUCCGUGGACUCCCUCUCGGACAUUGCAGACACACCUGACUUCCUGCCCGCCGACAGCCUCAGCCAGGUGCCCACCAUCUGGGAUGUGAGCACUGGCCCCUCCGCCCACGACAAGCUGUUCCUGCCCAGCGGGCCGUUUACAGGCCUUGAGGACCCUGUGUCCUCUCUCUCCAGCACCCCGCUUCUCAUCAGCUACCAGUCUCAGAGUCACCCCGAGGAGGAUGACGAAGCCGAGGAGGAUGAGGCGGAGGAGCUGGGCCACGCGGAGACCUACGCCGACUACGUGCCGUCCAAGUCCAAGCUUGGGAAGCAGCACCCGGACCGCGUGGUGGAGACCAGCACGCUGUCCAGCGUUCCGCCGCCGGACAUCACCUACACCCUCGCCCUGGCCUCCUCCGACAGCGGGGCCCUUUCCGCCCUGCAGCUAGAGGCCAUCACCUACGCCUGCCAGCAACACGAGGUCCUGCUCCCCGGUGGGCAGCGCGCGGGCUUCCUUAUUGGCGAUGGCGCGGGCGUGGGCAAGGGCCGCACGGUGGCCGGCAUCAUCCUGGAGAACUACCUGCGGGGCAGAAAGAAGGCCUUGUGGUGA